AUGUCUACGGCAGUCGGCUCAGCCCCAAAUGGCUCAGCAGCGAAGAAGCCUGCAGGUAACGGCAAGAAGGAGAUCAAAAUUCUUAUGCUCCAUGGUUACACCCAAUCCGGGCCCCUCUUCCGCUCAAAAACCCGUGCUCUAGAGAAACUCAUCGCCAAAUCUCUGGGCCCUUUCAACCUCACCCCGACCCUCUUCUACCCAACAGGCCCGUUACAGCUCUCUCCGCGCGACAUCCCGGGCUUUGUCCCCGACGAGUCCUCCAACGGCGAGGACCAGGAGAUCGACGCCUGGGCCUGGUGGCGCAAGAAUGAGUCCUCGGGCUCCUACCGCUUCCUGGACCAGGGCAUCUCGACCGUCGCUGACGCGGUCCGCGAGGCCGGCGGCGUCGACGGCGUGCUGGGCUUCAGCCAGGGCGGUGCCUUUGCCGCGCUCCUGACGGCGAUCCUGGAGACGCCGUACCGCGAUGAGAAGAUCCCAGAGGACCUAAAGGCCCCUGCGCAGGCGUUGAGAGAAGCCAACGGCGGUCGGCCGUUCAAGUUUGCCGCCAUCUACUCUGGCUUCUUUGCGCCGCCCGAGGAGCUGCAGUGGGCGUACGAGCCCAAGAUCAAGACGCCUACGCUGCACUUCCUUGGCAGCUUGGACACUGUGGUCGAGGAAUCAAGGAGUCAGGGGCUUGUGGACCGGUGCGAGGAGCCGCUGGUCGUUGUCCAUCCCGGUGGGCAUUACGUGCCCAUCACCAAGGAAUGGGCCAUGCCGCUCAUCGGCUUCAUCAAGAAGAUUGCAGACGAGGACGCAGCAAAGAGCAACAUUUAG